AUGAUGGGUAGGCAGUAUUAUAAGGCGAUCGAUCUUGACCGUACGCUGACUGCGUUUCAACCUAGCUUCGAGGCCGGCGAUGUCAUACCGUUCUCCACGUGGUCAAGCUCAGCAGGGGUGUCCGCAAAGAUUGUCGACGGCGGUCCGGUUGCGCCUGCGAGCGGCUCUAAUUACCUCCUCAUAACAUACAUAGGAGCUUCUUCAAGUCGCAAAGUUCGCCGACAAGCGUCUGGUAUCGACUACGUCCUUACUCAAACAGUCUCCACCAUCAGCGGCCUCCCUUACACGAUCUCUGCCGAAGCAAUAGAAGCAGACAACAACGGAAAUCCUUCAAGCUGCUCCGUCCAGAUCUGCGGUGGCGGCGCUUGCGGAUCACGCACACCUUUGACGAAUACCUACCAGACUUAUUCAUAUUCAUUUGUUCCAAGCUCUGGCUUCAGCUCUACGAUCUCCCUGAGCUUCACUUGCCAAGGGGCCGCAUACGUGGGUGUCGACAAUGUGCGAGUUGCGACGAACAGCACUUCGGGGGAAGCUCAGACUCCUUACGCUACAACUACGAUCUACAGAACAGUGACAGCCUCUACUGGCGGAUCCGCCGGAGUGCAAACGCGAACGAUCACGCUGGGUUUGAAUGGCACUGCUCCAGCUGAGAUUACCCGCACAGUGACGGCGCCUGCACAGAAUGCUAGCCAACCUACGACUUGUCCUACGAUCACUCAAACUUCCAUCGUCAGCUCAUUGUCGGUCAGCACUGUUUACCAGGCGAGCUUAAAUGGCACUGCACCUUCCGAGAUCACUCGCACAGUGACGGCAAUGGCUUCGAACAUCACGACUUGUCCUACAAUCACCCAAACGUCGAUCGUAAACUCGUUGUUGGUCAGCACGAUCUACCAGACUGACGUGAAUGGAACUGCGCCUGCCGAAGUCACCCGCACAAUAACAGCGCAAGCACGGAAUAUCAGCCAGCUUCGACGUGCGCUACCGUCGUCCAAACAAGCAUUGUCAACUCGCUGUCGAUCAGCACUGUCUAUCAGACCAGCUAUGUGA